AUGGCGCUAAGAGGCUUCAACAUUUACUCUAAGAGAUCUGAAGAUGGUACUUAUAAUGUGUUGGUCGAAAACUCGCACUUAAACAAGUUCUUGUACUUGAAGAACGGUGUUUGUGCAGAUAUCGGUAAUAAAAAUUCCCAAUAAACAUACUUUUUUGUAGAAUCAGGCGAAGGAAGUACUCUGAAGUCGACUUACAACAAGAUUAGCUCAGGUUAUGGUUUGGCUGGAGUUUUGAAGGCAGAUCAAGGUAAAAUAUUAAGGAAAAUGUUGUAAAAUAGCAUAAAAAGGUACUAAUAUAUUACCUAAAUAUUUUGCAGCAGAUUCAUACUUGCUGGUGAUCACUGGAGCCUUUUCUGAAGGCAAUAUAUUAAACAGUGAUGUCUACAAGGUGACGCAAGUCGAGUUCAUUCCAUUGAGUUUCGAACCUCCGUUGAGAUUGGACGUCAAAUUAGUUGAUGUAGGUUAAUCAGGCAUUAGCAAGUUUGAUUUGUAGAUACAAAGGCUAUUGUCGUCUGGUAACUUUUACUUUGCUUCAUCUUCUGAUAACACCAAUGCUCUCGAUUUGACUAAAUCUCGGCAAAAUUCUGGUAACAAUUCACAAAACAAUAUAUUCAUAUGGUAUGUCGCAUAUUAUUUUUUAAAAUACUUUUAUUGGGAUUUUAAUAGUUAUUUUUAAAAUUUAAGGAAUCUGAGAUUAAAGUGUUUGUUUCACAAGUUUGGCAUAGACACUCGAGUUUGGGUUCAGACAUUGAUAUGUGGUUCUGUUAUUAUACGAACCAUCUACGUGUCUCAUAUAACAGCCAAAGUGGCCAUAGUGUCACGUUUGUCCCAUGAACGAGUCGGUACAAGGUUUAAUAUCAGAGGAGUAGAUGAUCGAGGAUAUGUGGCCAACUUUGUGGAGACGGAACAGGUUGGUCAUGAACAAUAUAAUUAACCUUGUAACAGAUUGUCACUUAUGCCGACAAGGAAGUGUCGUUUCUCCAAAUAAGAGGUUCUGUGCCCUUGUUUUGGGAACAGCCUGGCAUUAACGUGGGUUCUCAUAAGGUCAAGUUGCGAUGUUUGGAAAGUUCAUUGAUUGCAUUGAACAGGUAAGCUUUGUCAUCCAAAAGCCGAUUUUAACAUCAUGUACAUGAUCACGUCACACUAAUGCAAGAAAAUUACAGACAUUACGACAUUUUGAUUGGAAGAUACCAAAGUGUCACCACGGUGAAUUUACUGGGCCAUAAAGAGGGAGAGAAACUACUUUCUGAAACAUUUCAGGUGAUUUAUACAGUUGAUUAUAAUAUUAUCGCUCUCAGAACUACUUGAAAUUCAGAAAUGUUUUAAAUCUUGUAAUGAAAUUGUUUGUGUUAUUCCAGCACACUUACAAGAAGUCCAACUAUGCUGCUUUCCCUCUAACUUCUUUCGAUUACCAUACAAGUAUGAAGAGCAGUAAACAAGCUGCUAAAGACUUUGUCAAACAUCUUUUAUCAUCUUUCGGAUUUUGUGUCUUUUAUGCAGAAGACGGUGUAGCCAAGUCGAGACAGGACAAAGUGAUUCGAACCAACUGUCUUGACUGCUUGGAUCGUACCAAUAGUGUCCAGACAUUGAUCGGGAUUGAGGUAUGUCAUAGAUUGUGUAAUGGUUUUAAAACUUGAUGUUACUAAUGUAAAGGUACUACGAUAGCUUUUGAGAUUUUAAAACAAUUACAUUACUUUCAGAUGACCACAGCUUUGCUUCGGACAUUGGGUAUCUUGGACUUGAAGCCAGGUAUUCUACAACGCUUCGAAGAUGUUUUUAAGGAAAUAUGGCUGAAGAAUGGAGAUCAUUGUUCCUGUAUUUACACUGGAACGGGGGCUUUGGAUGGAAAGUCAAAAGUAAGAAUUAUUAAUACUUAAACACAACAAUAUUCAAUGUUUUCUCGACAAUUGCCGCGACAAUGAUUUACAGUUAAAAAAGUUAUGAUAAUUUCAGCUACAAGAUGCUAGCCGAUCAAUCGCUCGUACGAUCCAAGGUAAUGUGAUGGACACGGCCAAGCAAGAAUCGUUCGAUUUCUUUUUGAUGGGACAUACUUUCGGCAACAAAAGCUACGACAAACUCUCGAAUCUGGUCGAGUACUCCUUCGUCAACCAGGAUUCUCUGCUUAACGGUAAGAAAAUGUUUACAUAAAUUAUUGAUCUACAUUAAAUUUGAAGAAGAAUACUUUGUAGAUUUGUAAUUUAUAAUAUUAAAUGACAAAGAAAUCACCUUUACUCUUCAGAAGAUUCAACAUUCGUUCAAGAGCUAGUCGACCGUCGCAACGAAUACACAACUCACAGUCCAGUCAGUAUCUUCGUGGGGACGUGGAACGUUAACGGAGGAAAGAACAUGUACAACGUGGCCUUCAAACACGAACAGUCAUUGGUAUCGUGGAUUUUCCCAGAAGUCAUUCAUCGUCCCUACGACAUUGUAGCCAUUGGACUAGAAGAGAUUGUUGACCUUAAUGCAUCGAAUAUUGUCAAAGCUGGGUAAGGGGUUUCAUUAGAAGUGGUACUGGGAGUAUAAAACUGAGAUUAUAUGUACGAUACUGUUGUAUAUUGUACAUAUGGGGACACAAAAGUAUCAUAACUUAAAAUUAUAUAAUAUUGCCUUUAGUACAACGAAUCAGCGAGUCUGGCUAGAAGGUAUCCUGAAAGUUCUGAAGGAAGUAACACAACACGAUUACUGUGUGUUGGCCUGUGAACAGUUGGUCGGAGUAUGUUCCAUGAUUCUUGCCAGACAAGAGAUGACACCUCGAAUCAAGCAACUUGACAUCGACGAAGUUAAGACUGGUGCUGGUGGUACCAUUGGAAACAAGGGAAGUGUAUCGACCAGAAUGGUGGUUGAUUCCACGUCCAUCUGCUUUAUCACCUCCCACUUUGCUGCAGGGCAGAACGAAGUAAAAGAGAGGAACGAAGAUUACAAUACUGCAACUAGGAAACUUAAAUUUGAAAAGGUAGCGAACACUCAGGGCGCAGCUUGCAUUAUUUAUCUUGAAUAUCCAAAAUUCUAUUUUAUACGUUACAUAAUUGUAGUUUGAUUACUUAGCAAACGUUUAGAAAUAAUCAUAAUAACGUUUUCAGGGUCGACAACUUCAAAUGCACGAUUCCGUCUUCUGGUUCGGCGACUUCAACUACCGCAUCAACCUCCCAGGCGAAGAAGUAAAGACUUUGGUACGAAACUGUGACUUUGAAGUACUGCGACAGAACGAUCAGCUCAUUCAACAGUUGUGCAGUGGAGCAGUUUUCAACGAAUUCAAAGAAGGUGCCCUCAACUUCGCUCCCACUUACAAGUACGACACAUUUAGCGAUGACUAUGACACUUCCGAGAAGUGUCGCGCACCAGCCUGGACUGAUCGUGUGUUAUGGAGCUGCGAAAAGGAUGUCAAUGUGCAACAGAUACAGUAAGUCCAUCGUUAAAAAGUUAAAUUUGACUCUAAAGCAUUGUUUUAUAUUAACCUUCUAUAUAAAUUUAAAAUUAUAUUGUCAUAUUGACUAAAAACGUUUUAGUUACGGACGGAGUGAACUGAAGACUUCUGACCAUCGACCAGUCGCAGCCAUCUUCGAAUUGUAUUCCAAAACGCCAAAUGUAACCAAAUUCAGGAGUACCCUCGAAGAUAUAUUGGAGUAAGUCUCUCGUUAAACGAGUAUUACCUUCUUUUAGUUCUCUGGGAUCCCCAGAUCACACUGUCGUAUGUACAGUGUCACGUGAAGAUGUUGAUACGACUGCAAUACUCAGAAAGCUAGAAUCUGAACUCAUGCUCAUUCCUGUUUCUACUAAGUAGGUUUCUUUUUACUUUCAUAGAGUAAUGUUGCUCUUAAUUGUAACAUUUAUAUUUGGGUAACCAAAUUAGCCAUUUUUAUGGUUAUUUUAUUUGAUGUGCCGGAAAACGUUGCUCACUGGUUGUAGAAAAUGCUCAAACGGUCUUGUCCUAUACUUCCAAAACAAUAUCGAUGCAAUAACAGCGCUGAGUAUGGAUGGAAUAGAAUUGGCCCCGGGGGAAAAGGUUUCUGUGAGACUCCGCAACCAGAAUUGGGUGCAAAGAUAUGCGGACCAGCUUGUCAAGAACAUAUUGAAAGAUCGGUCCUGUCCGGUGGACCUGAACCUGUGCGCCCCCAAGCUGAUGGAAAAGCUGGAGCUGGCCUCGUCCCCCGUGAUCAACCCCCGCCUCCCAGCCGUACCCCCCAGACCGGUGAUCCCCGCUCGAACUCAGUAA